CUUGAUCCAUAAUAAUUUUUUAUAGCCUAUUUUAUGAGCAAAAUAUCUUCUUUCUCCCUCCACUCAGCUGUUGUGGGAGAACUUCUACACUUUUUAAUUUUUUUAGACACUUUCUGUAAUUGUGUGUGUAAAUGUGUGUUUGUUCGGCAUCAUAACUGAGCCAGAGUUGAUACUUCAUACAUAGCACGAUAAUGUUGAGUGUUAAACUGUUGAUAGACAUGAAUGGAUAUCUUUGUGUUACUGGUAUAGGUGAAAUUCUUAUCUGGGGCUUCAGUGUUUUGCUCAAGGACACUGUCACAGGUCACAUGGCUGUUACUGGGACACCCACAGCAAAAACUGCAAUCCUGAGUAGUUAAUAUUUACAUGGUUUAGGAUGACGUAAGUCAUCAGGUAGCAAAAAAAAAGAAAAUUGUGUCUUUCAGUGAAUGCAUUGUGUAUUUUUCUAUUGUCAGUUUUUCCAAGAAUCCACAAUGUGAUCAUUAGUGUCUACCCUGUCACUGUACACUGCUCAGAAUACAUUAGGCAGCUUGACAGACGCGUCUCCUGUAAGCAUGUGGACGUAUCAGAUGAUAAGGUGGACUAAAGCCUAUAAAUACGGCUGCCUGAGUCUCCCGGUGAGCCAGUGUUAAAACUCUGCUGCACCACCUGAUGAUCUCUGCUGUCUGAUCCCCCACGUCUUCCCUCUUGCGUUUAACGUUCAUCAUUUCGGUUUAAGUCCUCUUAUAUGGAAAGAAACGCCACCAGAAGAGUCAUCUUUUUAAGUCUUUUCGUGUAUGAAUCAACCGCGUCCUCGAUCUAUUAAAACGAUGUCCCCCUGUGCGUAAAAUGCCGCGCUUAGUGCGUCCUGGCGCGGACGAUUCCUUGGAAAAUGUGCGGUGUCAGCCGCGUUUCCCUCACGCCCCGCUGCUGUGGGUCGGUGCUGAGCAGGAGUGGCAUCUCGGCGACAAAAUCUGGAUGAAAGAGCGUCCUUUAGAGCUCAGGCAUGCAUCGAGUAGUGAGAUCAUUGGCGUUAUAAAUAUCCCCGUGUCAGCAGAACAACUCCAGCUACUGCAGCCGGGGUAAUGCCCAGGAGCGCUGCACGGGUAUGUGCGCACGGUUUCUGGCGCCCAGACCUCAGGAGUGACACCAAAAUGCUAGAAGUGGCCUAGCGAGUGUCUCCUUUUUGGAAGAAUGAAUGUUCCUCUUUACCUUCUGACCGUCGCUCACUUGAUCUGCGCCGCCGCCGGAGCACAGUACGUCUCUUUGGAGCGCCAACUUCUGGAGGAGGAGAUCAGUUCGGGACGCAGGACUUGCAGGCUCUACUGUAGGGUUGGCAUCGGCUUCCACCUCCAGAUUCAUCCCGACGGCAGAGUGAACGGCAGCCAUGAGCCCAACCAGCUGAGUGUCUUGGAGCUCUUUGCGGUUUCUCAGGGGGUCAUCGGCAUCAAAGGGGUCUACAGUAACAGAUUCUUGGCCAUGAAUAAAAGAGGGCGGCUCCACGCCACUGAAUGGUUCACAGACGACUGUAAAUUCAGGGAACGUUUCCAGGAGAACAGCUACAACACUUACGCCUCAGUAAUCCACAGGAACCACAGGACUGGUCGCGAGUGGUUUGUGGCCCUCAAUAAGAGAGGGAAGGCUAAAAUGGGCUCCAGCCCGCGGGUCAAAUCCCAGCAUGUCUCCACCCACUUUUUGCCCAGGGUCAGCCUGCAUGACAAGAGUGAGCGAGGCUUCACCAUCACAGACAAGAGCAAAGAGAGGAGGAAAGCCCCGCCGCCACUACCGCCAAAACCUCCUCUGGCGAAGGCUAACGUCCAUGCAGGAACAGCACCAAGACGUACGCAGGUCAAGUACUGGCCCAAAUACCGGUUUGGAUAGAUGUCAUAGGGUUUGGCUCUAUCUAGGGGAUACAAGGUUCAAAGACGUUGGACAUAUAGGUAAUGGACGUGCUCAAACUGACAAUGGUCAUUUAUGACAUUCAAAGCAUUCCGGGUAUCUAUGAAGUGUGUGAAAAACCUCAAAGGGCUGCCAGGUACAACGAUUGAGCUUUUCUAUAUUGAAGUUAUGAUCAUGGUUGGGAGCUGUCUUUCCACUUGGGUUGAUUGUCCUGUUUUAUGUUAUAAUUUUUGUACAUGGUGAACUGGGCAGUGACCCAGCUUGAAAAUAAUGUCUUUUAAAAUCAGAUGUUGUUAAAGCUGAAAUAACCAUAACUUUCUGCAUAUUCUUGAAUUCUACAUCAAAGAUGGAAAAAAAAUUGUUUUAUCUAGCUAGCUGAAUGAAAAUGUCCUCAGCUGACCAUGUAAUGUCCUCCAUCACUUGUUAGUUGGCAAGGGACUGUACAAGAAUUAUGGGUAAGUGCGGAUCAGAAAAGGAGAAGGGUUAUGUGUUUUUCUUUUUGCUUAAAAGAGGGUUGUCUGAAUUUGUUUUUAUAAAGAGAUGAAAAUAAUAUUAUCGAAGACAAACAAUCAUGUCUUUAUAUCAGGGCUUUAUUUUACUCGUCAUAAUAAACUAGUAGAGAAACAGAAUAAGAGUGCAUUUUUAUGAUUAUUACAGAUUGAGCAUAGUCAUUAUGUACUUGCCACCUUCAUGUUACAGCAGAUGUGAGUAGAGAUAUUGGGGGAGGGGAGGCUUUGCUAAUUUUUCUAACUCAAAGGGAGAAUUCAAAACAGGUAUUAAUAUAGCUAGGGAAGCUUUGCAUUUAAAAAAAGCUCAAUAUUUUUUGUACAGUCUCUAAAGUGAUGAAAUUAUGAACCAAAGUAGAAUGGGAUGACAUAGAUUUUGUGUUUAGUUGAAUUAUGUUGUGCAUGAAGGCUCUGGUUUAAAUUGACUUAAACCUGGCUUUGAAAGUGCUUCAAACAUGUCUCCUGCCUAAACAAACACACCGACCAACUGCCCCCUUUCCUAACACCAGAUUUGUGAAAAUCAACAUGAAAACGAGGACUGGUUCUCUGGAGACUUCCCCCUUCCUCCUGGACAGCUGUGAAGGAUCAGGGAGAAAACUGUCCAUCAAAACUAUCAUUUUAGCAACCGGCUGUCUCCCUGAAAAAAUCCAGAGUCAUGACCUCAAGGCAUUCCACCCAGGAGGAGCGCACGGCCGUCACCACAGGGAUAAAGAUGCCGAGAAAGAGCGGUCACUUGUUUUGGUGAAGGUUCAAACUUUAGGUGUAUCAGAUGGCAAACAGCCGUGGAAUGGUCAUGCAGGAACAUACAGACAUCUCUGGGGAGAAAGGCAGGGUUCUGGCUGUAAAGUACAAGGCCUACCUUCCCCCAAGAGCCUGAACUAGAGAUUAAAUGCUGUCUUUAAUUUGAUUGUUUGAAUUACUUGAGCUUGGGGUACAUUUUGCAGGAGCAUUCAAAAAGAAACUCAAAUGGACAAUCUGUCCAACAGCUUUGAUCAUAUUCCACUGUCAGAACCUGUGUAUUAAUCAAAGGGAAAAUGUCACAUAUAUUUGACAAUUGGGAAAUCUCAAAUAAGUCUCUAACAAAAAGUGUAAAAGUAAAAAACAUGUAUCUAUACACUUUGUAUUUGUCGUAAGAAUUGAGAGUUAUAAAGUUUGGCUAUGCACUCAGAGUUGGAGUUCUGCUGCCUGCCUGGAACCCGACGGUGCAGAUGAAGUAUUGGGUUUUCGUGUCAGGUUCAGGCCAUAUUGUCGUGUGAAGCCACAUGCUUGGCCUGGAUUUAGGUCAGGUCACUUUCAAAUGUAAUUUAUUACUAUGUUUCUGUCUUUCUCUGUCUGACUGUGCUAAUAAUCUGCUCCCAUGUGUGCCAUGUGUUGCAAGUAGAUAUGUGAUGCCCAUUGGCAGGAGGGAAUGAGGGAAGAGUGUGCCCUGCAUUAGCCUGCCAAGCUAACUGUCAGUGAUGGAUGAAAUAAGGCAAAAAUACAGCUUUGGGUCUCAGAUUUGGCAGUGCAGUCACUGUCAGAUCUUAGAGAUGCAGGUAUGGCCCAGGUUCAGGUCUCAGUUUUGAGCCUGUGCAGAACUACUUAGUGCACAAACCUCCAUCAAGGCUGAAUUACAAUCUAAAUGUGUUGUAUAAUAAAAGAUGUUGGAAAAUUCUAAAUCUGUACCUUGAACCACAUCUUCCAAAAAAUACACAAAAUGACGACCUUCAGUCAUACUUUCAUCAGUUCAUGCGAAAAUGGGAAAAUGGUAAGAAAAAAUUCUUCAUUAUGAAUCUUGCAAGACUAAAAAUGUCCUGUUCCUUAAACAACAAUCUGACUUUCCAGCAUUUUUUUAUUGAAAUCUUGAAAGAGUUGUGGAGCUAACCCAGCAAUGUUUUCAGCAGUUUAAACCAAACCUUGUUGGUGAAGAUUAUAGCAGAAGACCACUAUCAUUUAGGGGAAGACUGAAAAUCUAAAAGGAGUAAAAUGCUUUUAUCAUAAGGUUAAUACACAGGUUAAUACAGUGGGAAAGUAUACUGUUACCAAGUGUUUGUCUAGGCAAAGUGAAAAGCUACAUGCUCUGGGGUCCUGAUAAACUGUAGAUAUCUUGAUGCUGUUUGUUUUUAAUGAUCUUCCGUGUUGUCAUCAUGUUGUGUGGUCCUCAUACACAAUCCAAAGAAAUAUUUUUUGUACCAACAUUUUUUUUUAUAAAAACUUGUAUGUAUAAAGAAGAGUUUUUAUGUAAAAUUACUAUUAAAAAACAAAUAUAUC